AAACUUUCUUUUUACUGACCUACAGGUAUCGCCAUGUCUCCGCUGUCCAACAAUUCGCUCUUCCUGAACUACGACCGCAACCCAUUCCCGGAGUAUCUGGCCAGGGGUCUGGUGGUGUCUCUAUCCACGGAUGACCCCCUUCAAUUCCACUACACCAAGGAACCCCUGAUGGAGGAGUACAGCAUCGCGGCCCAGGUCUGGAAGCUAAGCUCGUGCGACAUGUGCGAGCUGGCCCGGAACAGCGUGCUGAUGAGCGGCUUCCCGCACAAAAUGAAGCAGCACUGGCUGGGACCGAACUACACGCGCGAGGGCGUCGCCGGAAACGAUAUUACGCGGACGAACGUGCCGGACAUCCGGGUGGCGUUCAGGUACGAAUCGCUCGUGGACGAGCUGUCCAACAUCUUUAAGGUGCACAGCGAGAAGACGUUGGCGCUGGCAGCGGCGGCCGGAGCGGGGAGUCCGUAGAUUUUAGUUGAGGGACGCGAAAUCUGAGAAUCUAUCGUAUAGAGACACACAAACACACUCACCCACUUAUUAUAUGUUGCAUGUUGGUUUUCGGAGAAAGUGAUUCCAAAAUUGGUGGAAAUCGGAAAACAGGCUGUUCUAUUAGACAAGUUCAAAAGUGAAGGCAUUGAUGUUGAUUAUUGUUUUUUUAUGUACCAACUAUUUAUUGUGUAGACGCUGUGAAUCAGUUAUCGAUUAGAUAACAGUUUGAAAACACCUUCAUCAAAAUGAAAACCAUGUCUAAAACCAUUGUGUACCACUUGGACCAUUAAAUGUUUACUAUAUAUCUAAUAGGAGCAUCUUUAAAUCUACAACAACGUGUUUGUAGCUGGUUUCAGGCUGUAGUGUGAAAGUGGCAAAGUGAGCAACAUAAAACAUUCUCUGUACUACACGAUUGAGUGUAACAAAUAAAAAUAUAUAUUUCAAUCACUCGUUUGACACAAUAUCUUUCAAAAAA